GGCGGCGGAGGGGCCCGGAGGCUCCCGGCGGUGGGGCCGGGCCGGAGCGGAGCGAGGUGCGGUGGAGGCGGCGGGAAAGUCACUGACGUGUCCCCAGCACAGGAUGAUGGGUGUCACCGCAGCCCGGAACCAGCAGGGGACGGCUCCCCGAGCCCAUGGGGCCACCGGCACGCGGAGCUACGGCUGAGCCCCCCGAGCCAGGCGGAUGGAAAGCUGCAGCCCGGCAGGGAGCCCCGCGCCCACCCCGCGCCCCAGCCCUAUGCCCGGGGAGCGGCGCCGAGCCUGCCUGCCCGCCCACCAUGAAGUGCUCGCUGCGCGUCUGCUUCCUCUCCACCGCCUUCCUCCUCAUCUUCAUCAUGUCGGUGCUAUUCACCUACUCCCACCACAGCAUCGCCUACCUGGACCCAGGCGGGUUGGGCGGCAUCCACCGGGUGAAGCUGGUGCCCGGUUACGCCGGCGUGCGGCGGCUGAGCCACGGCGUGCCGUACCCCAAGGGCUGCGCGUGCCGCCGCUGCCCCAAGGAUGCCGCCGCCGCCGCCGCCGCCUGGUUUGACAGCCGCUACGACGGCGCUGUGUCCCCGGUGUGGACCAAGGAGAACAUGGAGCUGCCGCCGGACGUGCAGCGGUGGUGGAUGAUGCUGCAGCCCCAGUUCAAGUCCCACAACACGCAGGAGGUGCUGAGCAAGCUCUUCCAGAUCGUGCCAGGGGAGAACCCUUACCGCUGGCGGGACCCACACCGCUGCCGGCGCUGCGCUGUGGUCGGCAACUCGGGCAACCUGCGCGGCUCCGGCUAUGGGCACGAGAUCGAUGGGCACGACUUCAUCAUGAGGAUGAACCAGGCUCCCACAGUGGGCUUUGAGGGGGACGUGGGCAGCCGGACCACGCACCACUUCAUGUACCCCGAGAGCGCCAAGAACCUGCCUGCCAACGUCAGCUUUGUGCUGGUGCCCUUCAAGACCUUGGACCUGCUCUGGAUCGCCAGCGCCCUCUCCACUGGCCAGAUCAGGUUCACCUAUGCGCCCGUGAAGCCUUUUCUGCGUGUGGACAAGGAGAAGGUGCAGAUCUACAACCCUGCCUUCUUCAAGUACAUCCACGACCGCUGGACGGAGCACCACGGGCGCUACCCCUCCACCGGCAUGCUGGUGCUCUUCUUUGCCCUGCACGUCUGCGACGAGGUGAACGUCUUCGGGUUCGGCGCCGACAGCCGGGGCAAUUGGCAUCACUACUGGGAGAACAACCGCUACGCUGGCGAGUUCCGUAAGACCGGGGUGCACGACGCCGACUUCGAGGCACACAUCAUCGACAUGCUGGCCAAAACCAGCAGGAUUGAGGUCUACCGGGGCAAUUAACUGAGGGCCGGGCGGCCGCGUGUCCUCCAGCUCCUAACCCCGGCACUGCCAGAGCUGCCCCGGCUGCUGUUGGGUGCCGGCAGCCGAUGGGGCUCUGAGCUCUUGGCAGACUUUGUGUGGUUUGGGGAGUUUUGACUCGAUGUUGUUAGUAUUAAGGAACCCGCUUCAGCCGAGCGAGGAUUUGUAGACGCCGCCAGCGACCAGCCGGCCGGGGGAGCGCCCGACUUGUAACUCUUACAGUCAAACCAAAUGCUGCUCUUUUUAAAACAAGAACAAACAAACAAAAAAACAUACAAAAGCCCCCAAACCCGGCGACUUUGGGAAGAGCUCGAACCCGGGAUGAGGGCAGGGUGACAAUCGGCAGCAGGCCGGGCCAGCUCCCCAACAGCAGGACACAAAGUGGCCGCUGCUCUGUCCUUCCGUCGGAGGUUUUCUCCACUGUUGCUUCUCCCAUCCCUCUGUGGCUCUCGGGAAGGGGUCCGGACUCUCAUGGUCCUCUCGGUCAGAUGCUCCCCAUGUUGUUUUGGGGAGGGGUUUGGGAGGGGGCCAAAAGGCAGCUGAGAAAGCCGAGCGCCUGGUGGAGGUGACAGCGCGGUAAGGCGCAGAUGCGUGCGCCCAUCCCUCACCACGUGGGCUCCCCUUCGCCUUGGGGACAGGAGCAGGUUAGGAUAGCUUUAGCAGGUGAGUGAAUCACAGCCGGGGGGGUCAUUUCUUAUUUCCCUUUUGCUACAGACAGACAGCUCUGGCCAGGAGCUGCAAUCCCAAAGCUCGUGGUGUUGGGGGACAGUGGCUCGGAGUGGGGGUGAGGUCCUGGAAGGUGCAGCGGUGACCGAGGGACGAUCGCGCAGAGCUUGGGGGCAAACUUCCCUUUUCUAUUUGGCUUCUCUCUACGUUUCUCUGCUUUGGGAGUGUUUUCUUUUUUGAGGUUUCUCUCUGCGGUCGUGAGAUACCAGGUCUGUGCUGUGCCUGCUGCUGGGGGCCCCACGGCAGCCCCCGAGGCGGCGGUGCGACCGCGAGCCCCAGCCCACACCUUCCCAGCGCCUCGGGUUGGCGUUGCCUUCUUCUUCUGGGGGAAGAAAACCACAAAAAUCACACAACCACAAGCAACAACGAGUGCCUUGACUAUCUGCCGCCGGCUGCGCUGCCCUGCAAGCACAGGGGGUGAGGAUGCACACAGCAGCAUUCCCAGCCCCCCCUUCCUCCUGGGAGGGUCAGCAUUGCCCGGGCACCCCUGGCACUGGGCUGUGCCCACACCUCUCCCACUCCGGGUCAGACAAUCCCGAGCCCACCGGCAGCACCCGAUAACGAUUUUUCGGCUGAUUUCCUUCCCCCCUCAACCCCACCCCGACUCUUUUUAUUAUUAUUGUUGUUGUUAUUAUUAUUAUUUAAACUGUCCCAACACGAGGACUCACGACCACUCCUGUUUCUGCGCAGAGCAUGCUGCACGGCCCGCGGGCACUGCGCCGACGAGCACCACUGUACUGUACAUAGAGGAGGUGUAGGCAGAGGCUGUGGGCACUGGGGAGGGGAGGGGGGGGGGUGUUGGAUUUGGGGAAGAAACCGAGGUUUUGGGUAAUCCCCGUCGUGGGGUGAGGCGGCCCCACAGCCUCUGCGGAUAUGGGUAUUUCUGCACACAACUGUCUUAAAACAAUUUGGUUGGGUUUUUUGUUUGUUUUUUUUUUUAAAGUCAAUAAAAACCAUGCAUCUGGA